AGACGGUUCCUGUCGGAGUUGGCGCGAACGUGUCUCGCUAGUGUUAGCUUGGACAAAGAGCCCUGUGCUUAUUUUUAAUUUAAGGAGUCCCUCAGACCGGGUCUUACUAUCAACACUGCCGUCAUGGCUGAUAAAGAAGCAGCGUUCGAUGAUGCGGUGGAGGAAAGGGUGAUAAACGAAGAGUAUAAGAUAUGGAAGAAGAACACCCCCUUCCUGUACGACCUGGUGAUGACCCAUGCGCUGGAGUGGCCCAGUCUCACGGCACAGUGGCUGCCUGAUGUCACCAGGCCUGAGGGGAAGGAUUUCAGCGUGCACCGGCUCGUCCUCGGCACACACACCUCAGACGAGCAGAACCACCUGGUCAUUGCCAGCGUGCAGCUGCCCAAUGAUGACGCCCAGUUCGACGCCUCGCACUACGACAGCGAGAAAGGAGAGUUUGGUGGCUUUGGCUCUGUGAGCGGUAAGAUCGAGAUCGAGAUAAAGAUUAACCACGAGGGGGAGGUGAACCGUGCCCGCUACAUGCCCCAGAACCCCUGCAUCAUUGCCACCAAGACCCCCACCAGCGACGUACUGGUCUUCGAUUAUACCAAACAUCCCUCCAAACCAGAUCCCUCUGGAGAGUGCACCCCAGACCUGCGUUUGAGGGGACACCAGAAAGAGGGAUACGGCCUGUCCUGGAACCCCAAUCUGAGCGGCUGCCUCCUCAGUGCCUCUGAUGAUCACACAAUCUGCCUGUGGGACAUCAGCACCGUGCCGAAGGAGGGCAAGGUCGUUGACGCCAAGACCAUCUUCACAGGCCACACAGCUGUGGUGGAGGACGUGUCCUGGCACCUGCUGCAUGAGUCCCUGUUUGGAUCUGUGGCCGACGACCAGAAGCUCAUGAUUUGGGACACUCGCUCCAACAACACCUCGAAACCCAGCCAUGCAGUGGAUGCCCACACGGCCGAGGUCAACUGCCUGUCCUUCAACCCCUACAGCGAGUUCAUCCUGGCCACUGGGUCAGCUGACAAGACCGUGGCCCUCUGGGACCUGCGGAACCUGAAACUGAAGCUUCACUCCUUUGAGUCUCACAAAGACGAGAUCUUCCAGGUACAGUGGUCGCCUCAUAACGAAACCAUCCUGGCGUCCAGUGGGACAGACAGACGGCUCAACGUGUGGGACCUCAGCAAAAUAGGAGAGGAGCAGUCCCCUGAAGAUGCUGAGGAUGGGCCUCCAGAGCUUCUGUUCAUCCACGGCGGCCACACAGCCAAGAUCUCAGACUUCUCCUGGAACCCCAACGAGCCGUGGGUCAUCUGCUCUGUGUCCGAGGACAACAUCAUGCAAGUGUGGCAAAUGGCAGAGAAUAUCUACAAUGAUGAGGACCCCGAGGGAGCAGCAGACACUGAGGUUCAGGGCUGAGAGAAUUGCGCCAACUCCCUUGCCUAGCUCCUUUUUUCUCCCCACGACCACACCCUUCCAGAGCUCCAGACAUGCUGGCAGCCAAAGCUGAUUAUUCCCACUGUCAGAACUGCCAGGGCAAGCUCCUUCACUACAGACAAACACACACUGAUUACCAUGGUAGUUAUCAAAAGCAAAGGUGUAUUUUAAAAUGGAUGAAAUAAGAAAUGCAUUUUUAAUUUUUCAAUGAAUAGACAGCUUAACAAUCCCUUUUCCCCUCCCACUUCAAGAUAAGGUGUAAGCCCUCAUAAAAGUGUCAUAUAAAUAUAUUUUUAUAAACCACAAUGUUAGGAUUACCUGCAGUGUAUUAUUGCAGUUCCAAAGCUGCAGCCUGUAGUGAUCCAUGGUAAAAUUGACAGGAUUUUUUUCUCUCAUGAAGUUUAUUGAAAAAUGUCCAAUGGUUAGUUCUGUUACUGAAGGUUAUACCUCAGGUUGCUUAUGUAAGUUUUGUCAGAAGAGCCAUUUUUGCUGGGAAGGGUCCUAGUAAUAGCUCCGUCUGCGGGGUUUUAGGUGGCCAUAAUUAGCUUUAUAUGCCUUGUGUCUGGAGAGCAGAGACGUGAUUUAACUUGUACGUUGCUGUCCCUGUGAGCUUCUUUUAAUAUGGUGUUGUGACGUCUGUGACCUUUUUGUGUCCUGUUUCCAAGUGUAUU